AGUCUGCACUGAGAAGAACGCUGUGGCUGAGCUCAACUGAAUCUCUGACAAAAUGAAGCUGCUCUUGUGUUUUGUGGUAGCCUGUGCUCUGUACGUCACUGCGCAGGCAAAAGAAUCUCCUCCUAAGGUCCAGGUGUACAGCAAUAGCCCUGGUGAGUUUGGCAAAGAGAAUGUCCUGAUCUGCCAUGUUAGCGGCUUCUACCCAUCAGACAUCAUCGUUGAACUUCUGAGGAAUGGAGAGAAGAUCCCUGGUGCCGAGCAGACAGACCUGGCCAUUGAUCAGGAUUGGAAGUUCCACCUCACCAAGAGCGUAUCCUUCACACCUCAAAAGGAAGAUUUAUACAUCUGCAGAGUCACACAUGCACAAAAUAAACCUCAAACAUAUUCCUGGAAGGCUGAUAAGGGAAACUGAACAGGGAUGACAGAAGGAGAAUGCACUAUGAUUCUAUGAUUUAAACUGAACUUGGUCUCCAACAUCAUCUUGCUCAGGCAGCGUAGAGUUAUGGACUUGAAGCUGUUGUGCACACUGAGUGGAAGAAUGCUAGUGCUGUUGACUCGAUGCCAUGUUGACAAAUGAAAGAAUUUACAUUACUUGCUGCUUUUAAGUUUCUGCUUGGUAAAUUUUACUGGUUCUUUCUCAUUUUUUGCAUGUUGUAAUUUUAUUCAGUGUCUAAUCGCGAGUUAAAAGCAGAGGAGUUUAUAAUAUGUGUUAUGACCCAGGGUUAAGUCUAGGGGACAGGGGUCGCAAACAUGAGGCAGGUGUGGAAGAUGUGGUGGAAGAAGAGAAGUGACACGAGAGACUUUUAAGCUGGAAAAACAUCACAUAUAUUUCUAUAAUUUAUGCAUGAUAGACAGUUCAACAUUAAACAUCAUACAGAGUUCCAAUGUCAAUCUCUCCAGAAACCAGGUUGGUGCUUUCCUAGGAAUAACAACCAUGGACAGUGCCAAAAAAAGAAAUAAACAAAACCAAACAAUCUACCUAACUCAAAAACAAGAUAUCUACUCCAACUAAAACUAAACAAAUGUGCAAACAUGCAAAAGAUAGCAGCUAGCAUGAUUCUAAAAAGUGUGUCUGAGGGCUUGUGAAAGGCAUAUGGCAGCCAUCCUGCCAUCUUGUCUCUGCAGGAUCUUCAAGUUCAAGCUCCUCCCCUUCCACUGACAUCAUUCCUCCCGAUUGGUCACCUGAGUAGAAUCAUUUUUAUAGCAGGGUGUAAAAAGUCUGGUGUAUUUGGGGUAAUGCUUCAAAAAUGCUCGUUAUUUCUAUGUAAACAAUGUAUGAAAAUAACUUUAAAGGCUUACAUUGAGAGGUUCAAGGCUUUUCCCCUAAAUAGCAGUCAAGUUUUAGUACAACAUCUAGAACACAUUCAGGAAUUUCACAGGCCAAUUUAUUCUUUCUUUUUAAAUGAUGUUCAUCAGCCUUCAAAAUGUAGUUAAAAAGCUUUUAAAGAUUAGACUCCUAAGCUGGAUUCAUGAAUUGCUGAGUCGAAGUUAAAGUAGCAGAUGAGUUAAAGUAAAGCUGCUUUGUUGGUGCUCUGUAAUUUUUUAGGGGUUUCUUUUGAUAAUGUACACAACUUUCUCAAUGGUCUACUAUACAUCACACAUUAUUCAGAUAUAGUAUAUUCUGGUAUUUCUGAUUUAUCUGAUUUGAAAUUUAUCUUGUUACCCAUACUCAGUUCAGUAUGGUCUGAUUACAGAAUAUAAGAUGCAUGGGGUGACUGUUUUGUUUUUACAAAAAGGUUGGGAAUCACAGUCUUUUCUGAAUCAAACAUUUCUUUAAAAAAAUCACACCAUAAAGCGUUUGAGAUCUUUGCAUGAGUAACUACGCCAUAGCAACCAGUUAGCAUACUGCUACAUUUUUUCAAGGUUUAAAAUGUGGCAGAGGUCUUCGGGGGGUAGGGGGUCUCCUGGUGAAAGGUCUGACUAUGAGGCGACCCAUAGCGAAUCUGGCAUAAAUUUAGUACUUGUUACACAAUACAAACAGCAUGCGAAGCAAACAGGCCACCAAACAAACAGGUAAAUGGGUUACCAAAUAAACUUCUUUCAUAAAUAUA